AUGCCGUUGACUUAUGGAAUUGAUGAUGAUAGAGAAGAACUCUCUGCGGACGUUAUUCAGUUGAACAAUAUCGUGUUGUCUUUGCGUCGCCUCAUCAAGAAAGGUCGAGUAUCAGUUCUUCGUGAACUUGCUUCUUGUAUUAAAAGGCAAAAAUUGAAGCAGUCUAGGGCUCCUGAGGAGAAGGGGAAACGGUUAGGCCGUAAAAUCGUCAACAAACUAGCUGAAAUCCGGCUUUUGAGAAAGAUAAGCGAUAUCAAGUUGUGCAAACUAGUCUUGUCGAACAUGAAUCCUCAUUAUUUGCUUGAAACUGGUGGAGAGAACUUGACCAUGCAGGAUCGUGUAGUCAUACGCCUUGCGGCCCGGCCUGAAAUCUCUGAGUUCAUAAGAAACUUUCGCACUCAACAUACGGACUGGCCGAUCCUGGUUCGGUAUUUAUUGUAUAAAAACACCUCAGGAAAGUGGAAGACAUCGGACCAGAAAAGGAGACCUAACAAGCGGCGUAAAGGCGAUCUUCCCUUUCCUUUGGUUGAUCCGAAAGAGGUCGAGUCGAACCCUAAUGCCUCUACCAUUCAGGAAUUCAGGGAAUACAAGGAGAAAAAUGAUCGUGAGCUGCUAGCUGCUCAGAGGCGACUUUUGCUUGAAGAUGCAGAGGACGAAGACAGAAAGUUGGAGAAUAAGAGAGAUGGCAAAUCAGAGAACCCCAACAGCAUUUACUUUGACAAUUCCGAAAUGAAAGUUUUUAUCAGUGAUCUGAUUGCAAAAAUGGAAAGUGAGGGUGAUAUUGAUGAGUAUUUGGUUCCUGGCGGUGGAGAUGACGAUGGUGGAAUUCCGACUGAGGCCGUGAGGACUGGAGUGGCGGAGUGUUUAGCGCCGUUGACAGAUGAGGCGGCGGAUUUAGCUGCUCCACCAAACAGCAGAGGGCGUGAGGUGAAAAAGAUGGCGAAACCUCCGGUGAAGAAAAUACCUAAGACGCGUGAUUCGCUACCGAGGCUUAUGGAUAAAUCGGUAGAUUACGGGAUUGUGGCCGCUCCCUUGAAUUCUAAGACAGAUGCCAACGGCGUAACACACGAAACUAUCGUUGAAGAAGUUGGCAAUGUCUUUAACCAACAGGAUACAGAGAACAUUCUUGGUCAAGAUGAUGUCGAAAUGCGAAAAGAGCCUCAAUGUUGGCGAACCGAGACGUUCCAGUCUUCGGGACUCGCUACUGUUGUUAAACCUCUCAUGGAGGCCCUCCAACCCCAUACCUGGCAUGGUAAGGCCUCUAAACUGUAUCCUGUGAUCGGACCGUCUGUGCAACGGCGGCAGAGAACGAAGCGUUCGACCUGCCGUCAAACCAUUCGAGAACGGAGAGUUAAGCUGGGAGGAGCCAUCGCUAAGGGACGAAUAUCCCACCGACGACAAGUGCGAAAUUUUCGGCCGAGUUAUGUUGGGCCCGCCCACCGUCACAGUCCAACCAAAGACAAAACUGAGACACCAUUGCAUCCCUCAUGGGCAGCAAAACGGGAGCAAAAAGCACUCCUUUCAAAGACUCCUGUCACCGGAACCAGAAUCGUUUUCAGCGAUGAGUAA